CAACUCCACCAGCACCAGUCCACUGACUCUGAGAUUUCCAGUCUCGGAUUUCAGAUGCUUUAUCUCCUAGAGCUGUUUAGUUUGUCAUUAUCGAGCGUGAACACUAACACUGCAGUGGAUUUAACUGCAAGUGUAUAAUAAUAAUAAUAAUAAUAAUAUGACAGAGCAGCGCUUUAUUAGUGCGCGUCCUUUCUCUUAGGUCUGACUGGGGGGUUGGGAGGGCGAAAGCAAAUCUUUUGACCCCAGCCAUCAUCCUCUGACUCGGUUGCUCUUUCUUCUUCUUCUGCUUCAUCGCCCGGGAUGUGACGAACCGAUUCCUGAUUCCUGAAAGCGGUUGACUGGAGCGGAGCCGAGUCUCGUGCGUGUGUUUUAUUGCUCAGUCAUUGAGCGCGUGCUGCGCGGCGUUGACACCAUGGAGAGCGUGGAGAAGGAGUGCGGCGCUCUGGGUGGAUUAUUCCAGGCGAUCGUCAACGACAUGAAGAACUCAUACCCAGUGUGGGAGGACUUCAGUGCCAAGGCCACAAAACUACACUCGCAACUCAGGACCACAGUACUGGCGGCAGCUGCUUUCCUGGAUGCUUUUCAGAAGGUGGCAGACAUGGCAACAAGCACAAGAGGUGCUACCAGGGACAUCGGUUCUGCUCUGACCCGAAUGUGCAUGCGCCACCGCAGCAUCGAGGCCAAACUGCGACACUUUACCAAUGCUCUUAUGGAGAAACUGGUCACACCACUCCAAGACAAGAUAGAGGAGUGGAAGAAGACAGCUGCUCUUCUAGAUAAAGAUCAUGCCAAAGAAUACAAACGGUCUCGACAGGAGAUUAAGAAGAAGUCCUCUGAUACUCUAAAGCUACAGAAAAAGGCCAGGAAAGGACGAGGAGGAUUGCAGCCACAAUUGGACAGUGCUAUGCAGGAUGUGAGCGACAUGUACUUGCUGAUGGAGGAGACAGAGAAACAAGCCGUGCGCCGAGCCCUCCUUGAGGAGAGGGGGCGCUACUGCACAUUCAUUAGCUUCUUGCAGCCUGUCGUGAAUGGAGAGAUUUCUAUGCUGGGAGAAGUAACUCAUCUCCAGGCCAUUAUGGAUGAUCUUUCUGUGCUGAUCACCGAUCCACAUAAACUACCAGAGGCCAGUGAACAGGUCAUCGUGGACUUGAAGGGUUCUGACUACAGCUGGUCCUACCAGACGCCCCCCUCCUCCCCUAGCAGUACUGGCUCCAGGAAGAGCAGCCUGUGCAGUUUGGUGCAUCUACCACCAGGUGGCGUACAUCGCCUGAGCAGCGUCUCCUCUCAUGAUUCUGGAUUCGUCUCUCAUGAUGCCAACAUGCACUCCAAACCUCCAUCUCCCAUGCCAUCAGACAUUACCAGCCAGAAGUCAUCCAGCUCUGCAUCUUCAGAAGCAUCAGAGACAUGUCAGUCUGUAAGCGAAUGUGGCUCUCCCGUAGCAUUUGGCUCGUCCUUCGCUACUUUCCACCUUGCUCACACUUACAAUGGCUCCAUCAGAUCUCUCCCUUUUAUAUCCUAUAAUCAUUCCCCUGGAUCUCACUCACCCUCACCCUCAACCAAAGUUCAUCACUGGAAGCAGCAAGAUUGGUCAAAAAUACCUCACUAUGAGCAGCAGGGGGUAGCACUGCAGCGCAGGAGUGAAACUGUGGAGUCACCUAGUGGGGUGAGAGGGUCUUUGCACCCAGAGGACCCCUAUAGGACUAGAGUGAAUCCUACAAACAUCAGUAGCAAGCACGGGAAACCGAUAUCUGCAGCCAGUGAGCUCGCCAUGGUCCUGACGCGUGGUCUGAGCAUGGAGCAGCAGAAGAGCAGUUGUGACUCUCUGCAGUAUUCGAGUGGAUACAGCACACAGAACACCACUCCCUCCUGUUCAGAGGAUACCAUCCCCUCACAUGCUUCUGACUAUGACAGCUACUCACUGAAUGGAGAUGGUAUCUGUGAUCCUCAAUCAGAUUUCGACAAAUCUUCUACUGUCCCUCGAAACAGCAACCUUGCCCAGAAUUAUCGUCGCAUGAUCCAGACCAAGAGGCCUGCAAGCACUGCAGGGAUUCCGGGAGGUAUGGGUGCCCAUGGUGCGCCUGGAUCCAAUGGCAAAGGAGGAGGAGGAGCUGUCAUAUCUUCUGGUACAGCCACCAUUCGUCGGACUCCAUCCUCCAAAACUGGCGUGAGACGCACCCCAUCUAAUGUGGGUCCUAUUCCCAUCCGUCCUCCUAUUGUCCCAGUGAAGACACCAACUGUGCCAAACUCGCCUGGCUUCCCCAGCCCUCCCCCAGACCACAAUGGCAGUGAGGAGAGCUUGUUCAAUGAGGACCCUUUAGAGAACUUGGAGUUCAAAGCUUCACCAAAGCGAAUGAGCCUGCCUAAUCCAAUGGCUUGGGGCACAGGAACUGGGAUGAGCAUUCAUGUCCCGCAGCCUAGGGCUAUGUCUCUCAGUACAGAGGAGGACCAGCUUCUGGCUGCCAACCGCCACAGCCUGGUGGAGAAGAUUGGUGAGCUAGUGGCUAGCGCCCAUGCUCUUGGAGAUGGCCAAUUCCCAUUUCCUGCAGAUGCCCAGGCAGGUCUUGGAAGCCAACAGGACCCAGGGCCCCUGUCUGAAAGUGGCGACAUUCUGAAGUCAAUCCGUAGAGGAGUGCGUCUCAGGAAAACCGUCUGUAAUGACAGGUCAGCACCCAGGAUCAUGCGAUAGCUUUAAUAGGAUCUCAGUAAAGGUUCUGCACAAAGAUGAAUACGUGUGUGUAUAUAAAAUGUUUAAAGAAUUGUACAAAUUAAAUUACAAACCCUCUUGUUGUUUCACAAGGCAGGCCAGUGUGAUGUGAUGUGUAAAUGGACACAAUUUCUGUAUGGACUGUUGAAGUUGGUAGGAAUACUACCAUUAUUGGAAAGAAAAACUAGAAUGGACUUACAGCUUAAGAGAUGAGAAUAUGUUUGAAGUACAUAUAAACGCUCUAGUUAUAUCUGGUAUCUGUUUAAAGUUUUGAUUUGUAAUUACUAUGUUAAUCAUAUAUUAUUCAACUGUAACUGACAUAAAGUGAGUUUGACUAAUUUCCUUUCUCCUUAGCUAAUGACUUUGUAAAAAAAAAAGCAACAAAAAAUCCCAAAGUGUCUUCUUGUUGAUUAAAGCACCAACAUAGCCUGCUUACACUCAGAGGGACCACAUAAAUAACAAACUGUAUAUACUGUAAACUGCCAAAUAAAACAUCCAAGAUUACCACACUUUACAUAA